CGAACUUUAACGGCGCUGGCAAUCGGACGCGUUUUGAAAACCAGCUCCCUCUCCGAUUUCAUUCUGGUUCCUUUGGGAAAGUAAAAAAAGGUGCGAAGAACCACAGCAACAAGCAAUACAACAACUACAAAAACAACGCCAGCUGCAAGAAUAAUAAUAGUAGAAAUUGCUGUCGCGAGCAGAAAACUGGAAAUCCAAAGGCAGCAGCAGGAAAUCAGUUUUGACCAUUCGCAGACUCGCCGCCGACCGACCAUGAUCUUGCGAACGCCACUCAUUGCCGGCCACCAGUUGCAGUUGCUGCUGCUCCUGCUGCCCUCCGUUCUGCUCCUGCUGCUCCAAUUGCUCCACUGCGAUGCGAAGACGGUCAAUCCCGGUGAUGGCAUGCAGAUGCAACACCAUCAGAUGACCGCGGAACCGGGUCUGCCGGAGCCCAGGGCCUACAUGCCGGAUGCCCAGCACCUGGACUUUGUCUACCACGAUCACGAGGAGCUCACGAGGUUCCUCAGAGCCACCAGUGCGCGGUACCCGAAUCUCACUGCCUUGUACUCCAUUGGAAAGUCGAUCCAGGGACGUGAUCUCUGGGUGAUGGUGGUCAGCUCGUCGCCGUAUGAGCACAUGGUGGGCAAGCCGGAUGUGAAGUAUGUGGGCAAUAUCCAUGGCAAUGAGCCCGUCGGCCGGGAGAUGCUGCUCCAUCUCAUCCAGUACUUUGUGACCAGCUACAGUUCGGAUCAGUACGUCAAGUGGCUGCUGGACAAUACACGGAUACACAUACUGCCCACCAUGAAUCCGGAUGGAUAUGCCGUUUCCAAAGAAGGCACAUGCGAUGGUGGCCAAGGAAGAUAUAAUGCUCGAGGAUUCGAUCUGAAUCGCAACUUUCCCGACUAUUUCAAGCAGAACAAUAAGCGGGGUCAGCCGGAAACGGAUUCUGUCAAGGAUUGGAUAUCCAAGAUCCAGUUCGUGCUCAGUGGCAGCCUGCAUGGUGGUGCCCUGGUGGCCAGCUAUCCCUACGACAACACGCCGAACUCCAGGCUGCUCAAAGGGAUCUGCCGUUCGUCCGCCUUGUGCGCGAUGUUCCAGACCUACUCGGCGGCGCCAUCACUGACGCCCGACGACGAUGUGUUCAAGCAUCUGUCCCUGGUCUAUGCCCGCAACCAUGCCAAGAUGUCCAGGGGCGUGGCCUGCAAGUCGGCGACGCCGGCCUUCGAGAAUGGCAUCACCAAUGGUGCCGCCUGGUAUCCACUGACUGGCGGCAUGCAGGACUACAACUACGUGUGGUACGGCUGCAUGGAGAUCACACUGGAGAUAUCCUGCUGCAAGUUCCCGCCAGCCUACGAGCUCAAGAAGUACUGGGAGGAUAAUCAGCUGUCGCUCAUCAAGUUCCUGGCCGAGGCGCAUCGCGGUGUCCAGGGAUUCGUGUUCGAUCCGGCGGGCAUGCCCAUCGAGCGCGCCUCCAUCAAGAUCAAGGGUCGCGAUGUGGGCUUCCAGACGACCAAGUACGGCGAGUUCUGGCGCAUACUCCUGCCGGGCUACUACAAAGUGGAGGUCUUCGCCGAGGGCUUUGCGCCGCGCGAGGUGGAGUUCGUGAUCGUGGAGCAGCAUCCCACGCUGCUGAAUGUGACACUGCAGCCCUCGAAGUAUCUGGUGGCUGCCGGCACAUCCACCUCCACCAAAUCCUCCGCCGUGAAUGGAAAGCUGCAGCUGUCGCCGGAAUAAUGAAGAUCUGAGGAUAUUGGAGUCCAAUUCGCAGUCUUGUGAAGUGUGGCUGGCGUGUAAAUAAUAGCUAAAUUGGUUUAGACCUAGGAAAUGCUACGCAACUAACCCACUAAAAACAUUAACCCACUAAAAACAUUAACUCACUAAAAACAUUAACCCACUAACACACCAUUGAACAUCUCACUCUAAACUCAAGUAUCCUUUUUUAGUUUUUACUUGGUCAAUGUUUGUAAGUUGUUAACAAACAAUUUAACGUUAACUUUCCAAAUUGAAACAGUUCAGUUUAAGUUUGAAAAUUCACUGAAGUAAAAUAUAAAUUUUCAAAUUAUGUACCUAAUAUAACCAUAAUUUAUCUACCUUCAGUUAAUGCCUUCAAAUAAUUGAGUCUCUUUUUGUUCAAACAAAUCCUAAACACUAAUAACUCACUUAAAUGUAAAGACCUUUGCUGGUAAAAGGUUUAUAACUAAAUAAUAACAAUAAUGGUUGCUUGUAACAAUAAUCUAAAAAGGGGAACCACCAACCAUAACCACAACAUCUUGUUGACUUCGCAGCGCUUGGAGGGCAUUGGGCCCAUGGCAGCCGGCGGCGGAGUGCCAGUGGGUGGCGUGGGUGGUCUGUACCGCCCCAUUCCGGCGCCCCAACAUUACCGCCCACCUGUGCCGCCCUACGCGGGCGCCGCCUCCAGCGACAGC